CAUAAUUACUGGUGCCAUAUAUAAACCGACUACAUUGAUAUCAGUAUCAGAAAAAAAUUUAAUACGGAUAAAGAAAGACAGAUUGAAACUCAUAGUAUCUUACCAGGACGUGAACAGUAUAAUUUACAAAGGAAACAUCAUGUUGCAUAUCGUGUUGGUUGUUCUAGUAUUAUUACAUCAAACAAAUGGACAUGGGCGUUUGAUCGAUCCACCGUCCAGAGCGUCCAUGUUUAGAUUUGGAUAUAAUACCCCUCCGGAUUAUAAUGAUAAUCAAGGAUUUUGUGGUGGAAAAGAUAGACAGCAAAAGAAUAAUGGACAAUGUGGGGUUUGUGGUGAUCCCUGGGAUGCAGCAGUAAAGCCUCAUGAAGCAGGGGGUAUUUACGCCACGGGAAAAAUUGUUCGAACCUACAAGACUGGAUCCCUUAUAACAGCCACUGUCCAGGUCACAGCAAAUCAUAUGGGAUUUUUUGAAUUCAGAAUAUGUGUUAAUAAUGACGUUACUAAAUCAGCAACACAUGAGUGUUUGAAUAAACAUUUGCUUGAUCUUGGAGAUAGACCUGGGACCAAGUUUUACGUUGAUAAGCAAUCGGGCUACAAAAAAGUUUCUCUUAAGCUUCCUGAAGGUGUUGUCUGCUCACAAUGUGUAUUUCAAUGGAAAUACCAUGCCGGUAAUAGUUGGGGAACUGACCCUAACGGUAAAUCUUGUGUAGGAUGUGGACCACAAGAAGAAUUCUAUGCUUGUGCGGAUAUUGCUAUUGCGUCGGGUGGUAUGGUUACAAAGUCCCCCGUAACUAGCGUUACAGUACCUACAAAGUCCACAGCAGCCAUUGGUGUGGUAACAACAGAAAUACUAACAACCAGACAACCGCAAACCCAUAAAACUUCCUCAUCCGCACCAGUACAAGCAUCCCAAGGCCCUUCCAUCAAUAAAAAUUGUCACGCAAUCGGAGCUUUCGCAAACGACCAAGCUUAUAAUAAUUGGUGUAUAGCGAAUUGCGCUCUUGGUACAUGCCCAGAUUAUCUGUGCAGCUGCGAUGAUGAAAAUGACGAAGAUGGUGCCCCUUAUGUCCCUGAAUGUAACUCAUACGGUAUUUUUAAAUCUAACAAUAUGGAUCAAUGGUGUAAAACGAAUUGUCAGCUGGGAUUCUGCCCACAUACUCACUGCACAUGCGCAUAAAUAACAAGACUGAACAGGUUCAAUGGUGACAUUCUCUUUAACUUUUGAUUUCUUUCUGUUACCUGUGUUACAUAUUAUCCGAUGUCUUUUGAUGUGUUCAUGUUUAAAUCAAUGUGUUAUCGGUGUUAUUGCAUUAUUCACGUUCUCUUCGGCGAGGGGUAAAUACAUAUAGAUGUACCUAUAUAAAAAAUUGUAAAAACAUCAUAA